AUGCCUUUCCCCACGGGGUUGAGUCAGCCGAUAAUAAAGUCGUCUUCCGCCAUGAAGCAAGAAGAAAAGACGCAGGUCUUCCAGGGCGUGACAAGCGAGGAUGUCCGGCUGGAGAGGUUGGGAUAUGAGCAGGAGCUCAAACGCUCCUUCGGCCUGCUGGGCAUGAUCGGUUUCAGUUUCAGCGUGGUAACCUCCUGGACGGCGCUCAGCGGCGUCUUCAUCGUCGGAGUUACCUCGGGUGGCCCGCCGGUCAUGGUCUACAGUUUCAUUGGGGUCAGUCUGCUGACGUUCGCCGUGGCUAUUCCCAUGGCAGAGAUGUGUUCCAUGUUCCCUGUCGCGGGAGGACAGUACUCGUGGGUUGCUGCGCUGGCGCCGCCUAGGAUUGCGAGAGGGUUUUCAUAUAUUGCUGGCUGGUUCAUGCUCAUUGGAAUCCUCGCCAUGGGCGCAACAAACAACUACAUCUCUGCCAACUUCGUCCUCGGCAUGGCCAAUCUCGUCUUCCCGGACUACACGAUCCAACGGUGGCAGAUCGUGCUGGUGGCCUACCUGGUCGCUUUCAUGGCAGCGGCCAUCAACAUCUGGGGCCCGCAUCUGCUCAAUCGCAUUUCGCGAUUCAUCCUCAUCUGGAACGUGGGUUCCUUCCUGAUCACCAUGAUCACCCUGCUGGCCACGAACGACCACAAGCAGCCGGCGUCGUUCGUCUUCCAGGAGUUUGAGAACUUCACGGGCUGGGGCCCGGCCAUUGCGGCGAUCCUGGGCAUUCUGCAGUCGUGCUUCGGCAUGUGCUGCUACGAUGCACCCUCCCACAUGACCGAAGAGAUGAAGUCUGCUUCCCGGGAAGCGCCCAAAGCGAUCAUCCUGUCGGUCGCUCUGGGGGCCGUGACGGGACUGGCCUUCCUGCUCACCCUCUGCUUCUGCAUCGGCGACUUCAACGAGACGGCCAACACGAGCACGGGGGUGCCCGUGAUCCAGAUCUUCUACGACUCCACUGGCAGCAAGGCCGGAGCGUGCAUCCUGGCCAGCAUGGUGUCUGUCAUCGUCAUCACGGCGGGCAACAGUCUGCUCGCGGAAGGGUCUCGCGCCGUGUAUGCGUUCGCGCGUGACCGCGGCCUGCCUUUCUCGAAAGUGUUCGCCAAGGUCGACAGCACGAGGCAUGUGCCGGUCAACGCGGUGCUGCUCACGCUGGCGGUGCAGCUGGCCCUCGACGCGAUCGACUUUGGCACGACGACGGGGUUCGAGACGGUCAUUGCGAUUUCGACGGAGGGAUUCUACCUCUCCUACGCCAUGGCCCUGGCCAGCCGGCUGCUGGGAUACGUGACCGGCCACGUGACGGCGCUGGACGGUCCCUUCGCCCUGCCAGUUCCUCUCUCCAUCAGCCUGAACGCGCUGGGACUGCUCUUCCUGCUGUUUGCGUCGAUUACCUUCAACUUUCCCACCACGUACCCGGUCGACCACGAGACGAUGAAUUACACCUCGGCCGCCAUUGGCGUCGUUGGCGUCAUUGGCGUUGUGACCUGGCUCACGACAGGCAAGCGCCAGUUCACCGGGCCAGGGGGGAUGUGUGUGCUGCGGGGUGAGCAGACUGUCGUCAACGAGGGCACUGAGAUGAAAAGUGAGCACGGAUGCAAGGGUUGA